AUGGCGCCAACUGGCGGCGGAACGACGAAAAGGAAUGUUCGCAUAGAUUCCCUGCCGUCGGAUCGCGAGAUAGCGGACAAGGAUUGCCGCCAGUGCAGUACGCGCCGUAUCAAAUGUGAUCGGUCUAUGCCACAUUGUUACAAGUGCUCUAUUCGCGGUCUCUCUUGCUCUGGGUUCCCUCUCGUUCAUCUGAGAUGGGACCAGGGCGUGGCCAGCAGAGGAUAUCUCACCGGCAAGCGGUUACCACUUGUAGAGAACAUUCCUUCCGUGACUGACGAGGAAGAUGUCUCAUCUCCCAAUCCUGGCUUGGCCAUGUCGCCUCAAGGCAUUUUGAUAAAUAAUUCGCAUUUAAUAAGGGAUUCGGAGCUCGCAAACCAGCAGCUAUCACGUUCUCUUUGCGACAAGCUGCUCUUACACUUCCUCACCAACGUCGCUUCUCAUUUAACCUGGAUCGACGGUCCAAGUAAUCCAUGGAGGAGUCUCGUCCUACCUCUAGCACGACGAUCUGCGUGUCUCCGCUUGGCAAUCCUGGGUCUAGCAGCGGCCCAUCUAUCUGCCACUUGCGCUGAAUUCGAGCGAUCUUCGACUCACUUGCAAAUCAAUCAGCGUCUUCGAAAUGAAGCCGUCGGAACUCUGAGUAACAAGAUGCAAAUUGAGCGUUCUGUAAAUUCCAUCUCGGUCGGGGAAGGCUUCCUCGAUUUCUCUCUAGUCGAGAUGCUCGCCUCAAUGCUUGUUCUUUGUUACGGAGAACUGCACAUUCCGGGCUCGACCGACUGGAAGCUCCAUCUUCGUGCGUGCCAUGCUAUCAUCGAAAGGCAUCAUCUCAAAAGUAUGCGAGAGCAUUCCGAGGACACAAUAGCCAAAUUCCUGAUCAAGGAAGUUAUUGAUCUGGAGACUUUUGGCAACGUCUCGACCUUUACGGUAGAACUGGAUCCUAGUGUGAUGAUGACCUGGCCUUCGGUGUUUGAUGGCCAUUUCUGGGACUUCACGUCUUUGACCAAUGAGAUUACGGUGGCCGAAAGGUCUCAUCAUGCGCGUUUCGACAGAAGCGAUGGUCCCGUGCAAGCCAACAUGGGGUAUUGGCAUGCGAAGCUCGAGACGGCGUACAGUAGAGCUACGGUGUUGAUUUCAUCUUUUCCAGAAGAGGAAGCAGUCAAACGAAAGCGGUUUCGCGCUAUCAUAGAAGCGCACUAUCACGCCUGUCUUAUCUACAGCUACCAAGCUCUUACAUCUCACAUAGAGACGGCCGAGACAGUGCGGUCAUACGUUGAUCUUCUUUGGCAUACCAUUCUAUCUGCAACAACCGAGCCAGGGCCAACGUUCGCCCACGAUAUUUUCUUUCCUCUUUUCAUCGUUGGCACUGAAAGCCAAAAUGGCAAAUGGCGACAAGCUCACAUUGAGACCCUUUUCCUGCAGUCUAUAGUCACGACUGGAUUCUGGUGCAAUCAUGCCGCCUUGCGAUUCCUUCGCCUUUUCUGGGAGAGUGAUAGCGACGGACACGAAAGCUGGAUUCAAUUCGCGCGACUCAACGAGCAAGAGAUCGGAUCAUUCUUUGUAUUUUAA